AUGGAUAGAGCAGCUGACCGACGACUUUGUGGCCAAUGCCAUACAUCUAUUGGUGAUGAGGCAGUGGUAGCAAUGAAUCGUCUUUGGCAUCCAGACCACUUCACCUGUACCGCUUGUAAGCGCCCGAUUAAGCAGACUUACCAGGCCGCUGACAGCCACGCCUACUGCGUACACUGCUUCGCUCAGAAGUAUAAUCCGAAGUGUGCAGGCUGCAUGGAGACACUGGUGGACACUUGCCUUCUGGCUCUCGACCGUCAUUGGCAUCCUCGCUGUUUCGCUUGUUCAUCUUGCAAUCGCCCUUUGCCGAAUGGCGAGUACUAUUUGGUAGACGACAAACCGUAUGAUUUGGAUUGUCACUGGGCGAAGAGACUGGAGAAAAGGGAACAAAUGGAGCGCGGCGAACGCUGA